GUAUAUACAUAUGUACAUAGCAAUAGGGUACCAGUAUAUACAUAGCUUAUUUUUAGCUAAUCUAGUUUCUGAAGGAAAAAAUCAAGUUCUUUUGAUAGCUGCUGCAUUGGCGUUCAGUUGACAAUCUUUUACCUUGGCCAUAACUCAAGAACCAUUCAAGAUAUUUGAAUGAAACUUGGUACACAUAUUGCCACAGACAUCAUGCACUUGUAUAGCAAGGGCCAUGAAUCUGACUUUAAUAAUUGCCCAAAAGUGCCGAAACAACAUGUUAGCCAUUGGUGUUUGUUCCAUUGUGCUCUUGUUCAUUAUUUUGCUUAUUUUUUGGCUUUCUUUUGAUUUAUACAUUUAAUUGGUGUUUAAUUUAAGAAACAACGUCUAAGCAGUGCAUAUUUUUAAUGAAAAAUUGAUAAAACAAUUUAAUUCUAUUGGUUAUGACAGUAAAACAUAAAGGUAUUGAUUAUACAUGUAUCUAGUAUUAUGAUAGUGUCUGUAGAUUGGACUCUCCUACAAUAUCCUGGCCGAUUACAAAAUCUUAGCUAAAACAUUCCUUCCUUUACUUUAAGUUGUGUACUUGAACUUGCAGAAUGAGCUGUCGAGAAUGUGUCAGUUCUCCGAGAUCGCCAAUGAGAAAGGUUUGGAUGCCCAGAACUUCCAGUGUAAAGGAUGCUCCAGGUCCAUUGGUCUUAUAUUUGGCAAACCGCGUACGUGCAAGUUUGAUGGCUGGUAUUACUGCUACGAGUGUCACGAGAAUGAUGAAUACUACAUUCCUGCCCUCAUUGUACAUAACUGGGAUUUCCGAAAACAGAAAGUGUGUAAGAAGAACUUUGAGUACCUGCAAGACAAGGAGGAACAGCCAUAUAUUAAUGUUGAAGAUAUAAACCCACGACUGUAUGAACAUGUCCCAGAAAUGCUAGAAAUACAGAACCUGCGAGUUCAGCUCAUGCACCUGAAAACAUACCUGUUUACAUGUAAGCAGUCGAUAGCGGAGGACUUCCGCAAGCUCAUCUGGCCAAGGGAUUAUCUAUAUGAGGGGAGGGAACUAUACUCACUGGCGGACUUACUGCAAGUUCCAACAGGGUCACUAGCCAGUAGUUUACAGAAGGUCAUCAAAUUUGCCACCAAACAUGUGUACAGUUGUCGACUGUGUAGCCAGAAAGGAUUUAUAUGUGAACUCUGCAACAAUCCCAAGGUCAUCUAUGCCUUUGAGAUGGAUGCUACAUUCAGGUGUCCCCAGUGUAAGACGGUUUUCCACAAAGCAUGCAAAACAGACAAUCGACCAUGCCCGAAAUGCCAGCGACGUCAACAUCGUCAAUCACUGCACGGAUCCAACAAACCCCUGCUGACACCGGACUAUGACUCACAUGUGGACCAAGUCUAAAGAAUGAUUUGAGGGUAUCAGACAUCUUAUACAACAGACAACAUCACCCUGGAUUUUACCAAAUUAUGUUACAAAAUUGGUAUGUGUGUGGGAUUUUUAUGCCCCCACAAAGUGGCGGCAUAUAGGGUUGCCCUUGUCCGUACGUACGUCUGUCUGUCUGUACGUACAUACGUCCCGAAGAUUGUUUCCGAUCUAAUUCUUGAAAACCGUUUGUCCAAUCCUCAUCAAACUUUAAACACAUGUUUGUGACCAUAAUAUCUUGAUCAAGUUCGAUAGUCAUGGAAAUCGCUUUAGUCAUUUAGGAGUUAACCCUUUUUUUGCCAAAAAUACUUCAAAAAUAUAUGUUUCCAAUCUAAUUCUUGAAAAGUAUGUGUCCAAUCCUCACCAAACUUUACAUACAUGAUUGUGACCAUAAUAUCUUGAUCAAGUUCGAUAGCCAUGGAAAUCGCUUUUGUCAUUUAGGAGUUACGGCCCUUUAUUUGCAAAAAAAGACUUGAAAAAUACGUCCCGAAGAUUGUUUCCGAUCUAAUUCUUGAAAACUGUUUGUCCAAUCCUCACCAAACUUUUAACACAUGUUUGUGACCAUAAUACCUUGAUCAACUUCGAUAGCCAUGGAAAUCGCUUUAAUCAUUUAGGAGUUAGGGCCCUUUAUUUCCCAACAAUACUUAAAAAAUAUCUUAUCCGAUCUAAUUUUUGAAAAGGAUUUGCCCUUGUGCAGAUUAUCCUGAAUAAUCAUUAUGGCUUAUUUUCUGUGACAAAAAAUCGAAGUGGGGGCAUCCGUGUCCUAUGGACACAUUUCUAGUUUUUUUAGGUAUUUGUCAGUGUAGGGAAUGUGUGACCGUGAAGUUUCAUGCUAACUAGUUAUAACUGAACAUACAUAAUGAAGCUUCAAAUUAGACUGUGAUAUUCUUUAAUAUUAUUUAAGCUUUUAUAUAUUUUUAUUCUGAACUGUUCAGAACAUGACACCAAUGUCUUCCAUAAGAUAAUAAUCCUUGUUUUGUUUUCAUUAUGUUUGAUGCUUAAACAUGGAUUCAUAUUGGAGUUAUCCUUUGUAAGUUUGAGAACAAAACAUCAAGUCUCUUUAAUAGCAUAUAUUUACAUCUCAACUUAGUUUCCUUCAAUUAGUGGCCUUUUGAUAAUUUCAAAUAUGUUGAAAAGUGUUCAUUUAUGAUUUGUAAUAUGUAUUGUUGUUAAUUAGCAAUUCAAUUUUCUUAUGAAGUGAUUUUAUUUUGGGACUAUUUUUGUCUGUAGCAAUAAAAUGUGUAAACUGGUUGGUUCGAUCAAUUUUUGCAUGGGGGAGAAAGAAUUAAAUACUGUUAAGCUUCUGUUAGGUUUUCUUAAAUGAGAUAAAGUAUUUUAUUAACACUUGUGAAAAGAAAUAAACAUGGUGUAAAUACAAGUGUUAAAUUGUGUGAUUUAUGUCAUUAUCAGGGAUAUAAAUGCAGUUGUGCUGGUUUCAGUACACGUUGAGUUGACCACGCACUUAAACCAUCCCAACUGCAUUCAUACCCCGAAAGUGACUUCAUUCACAUAAUUUAUUCUUAAAUAUUGCUUUUCCUAUAGGCUCCUUUGGACAUUUCAAUAUAUAAUCUUUUGGGCAUUACAAGCAGGGUAUAAGCAGUAAUAUACAUGUAUUGUUUUUUGCAAAAUUGGAAAUGUUGUGACUUUAUACACUUUAAAUUGUCCAAUUUCAUGGAAUUGGAAGCCAUUUUGGUAUGAAAAUGUAUGUUAGCCACUGAUAGCUUAAAUGAAUGUUUCGGUGAUUAAUUUAUAUUUGUAUGUUUUUAUGUCUUAAGGAUAUUCUGUUACUGGCAAUCAUAUAGAAAUGAGUGCUACAAAUGUUAUACAAAGAUUACUACCAUCUAUAUUAGUAACAAAUGUAUAGGUUAUGAGUUAUGUAUGUCUUUCCUUGAUACAUUGUUCAUUAAAUAAAUCAUUUGUUGACUAUUUCUUUGUUCCAUUUGUUGCAAAUUUACCGACAAUAUUAUAAGUUUUGUCAUAUUUUAUUGCCUUUGUUUAAGUUCCCUUGAGCAUUAAGUACUUGGGGUCAUUUGUGGUCAGUUUCUCAUGUGUCAUCUGUCAACAUUUCUAGCAGCCACUCUUUGAUACCAAUGAACUAGUAAAGCCAAUAUAACGUUCAACCAGUAACAUAAAGUUAUUAUAUCAAUUUUUGUCUGCUUUAAUUUCAAUGUUAAGUUAUGCAAUAAUUUGCCAAAAGACCACCAUUUUGUUGCCAAAAAACCACCAUUUUGUUUUGCAUAUUUAGAAAUUUUGGAACAUCAGGCAAACAACAAAAAUAGCAUAGAGGCCACAAAUGGUUAUCUAUAUACAAUGUCCAACUUUAAUUGAAAUAAGAGUUAAUAGUAGAAUCUGAGUGUACUGUAAAAAUAACCGGCCAAUGGUUAGGUGCCAAAUAAACGUUAUUGUUUUUUUCAUUAUGUAGCUCAUGGAUUUGUUUGUGUGGCAUUGAGCCCUGAAAUAUUGCACAAACACUCAUGAAAGUUCCUAGGAAUUAUGGUCAGUAUGACUAUUGUGCCCCUGUCAUUCUUUUACAAAUUUAACGCAGGUAAGGUCAAUGUCCCUGUCUCAAUUGCAAAAACAUUUUUUUGCCUCAGACAUGUUGUGUCGCCUGUAGCACCAAUAGUAUUGCAUCUACACCAAUGAAACUUCAUAGAAAUGUUGGACGGCAUGAGCUUUCGUGCAACUGCCAUUUAUUCACAUGUAUUUUGGUCUAACAAGAGAAAUGGACUUGGACUUAGUUAAACGUGAUCUGAACGAUAUUGUGGCGCAUUUAGCACCCAAAAUAUUGCACCUACACUCCUGAAGUUUCUGAGUUGCGCACAUAUUAUUUAAUCAUGCCUGGUUCCCAGCAGCGUCUGCGAGUAUUCACAUGACCAUGAUAGCUCUAGACCUGUCAUUUAACCAUAUCUGUGUCCCAGCAGCGUGUGUGGGUAUUCACAUGGCUGGGAUAUUUUUAAGCCUGGCAUUUAUUCAUUCCUGUGUCCCAGGAGCGUCUGCGGGUAUUCACAGGAACGUGAUAGCUCUAAGCCUGUCAUUUAAUCAUGCAUGGGUCGCAGCAGCGUCUGCGGGUAUUCACAUGACUGGGAAAGCUCUAAGCCUGUCAUUUAAUCAUGCAUGGGUCGCAGCAGCUUCUGCGGGUAUUCACAUGACUGGAAUAGCUCUAAACCUGUCUUUAAUCAUGCAUGGGUCGCAGCAGCGUCUGCGGGUAUUCACACGACUGGGAUAGCUCUAAGCCUGUCAUUUAAUUAUGCAUGGGUCGCAGCUGCGUCUGCGGGUAUUCACACGACUGGGAUAGCUCUAAGCCUGUCAUUUAAUCAUGCCUGGGUCCAAACAGCGUCUGCGGGUAUUCACAUGAGUGGGAUAGCUCUAAGCCUGUCAUUUAAUCAUGCCUGGGUCCCAGCAGCGCCUGCAGGUAUUCACAGGACUGGGCGAUCGCACAUUAAAAUCACACUUAGGAGAAACA